UUGACAGACGGCCGAUUGACAUCAGCCCACGCUAUAGGCAGGUGAUACUCACAGCAAGCCGCUCUCUCGGAGAUCACGUUAGCCGGUCCUAUCUUUUCCAAAUAAAAAGUGAAGGGUGGGGGGAAGUUAAUUAAAUCACAACAAUGGACCGUUCUAAACAGAAGCAACUAAACCAAAGCGAAGUGCAAGUACCCGGUACGAAUGAUGGUUCUGUUAACGGACAUUUUGAAGGGAUGGUGAAAAUGACGAACCGGACUGGUGGUCCUCAAGGGGUUUCCGGGGAGACCAAUUCACAGACGUCUUCGGUGAUGGAGAGCUGGAGAGAAGAGCGCACACGAAGUAUGGAAGACAAUGAAAUGAGCUUGCCAUGUCUUGCCGCUGCAUAUACCAAUAUUAUCCGAGGUCUGGGAGAAGAUCCUCAAAGACAGGGUCUCCUCAAAACUCCCUGGAGAGCUGCCACAGCUAUGCAGUUCUUCACGAAAGGCUAUCAGGAGAAAAUCAUUGAUGUGCUAAAUGAUGCCAUUUUUGACGAGGACCAUGACGAAAUGGUUAUUGUGAAGGACAUUGACAUGUUCUCCAUGUGUGAACACCACCUUGUUCCCAUCUUUGGCCGGGUACACAUCGGUUACCUUCCCAACAAGAGGGUUCUGGGGCUCAGUAAACUGGCCAGGAUUGUUGAAAUCUACAGCAGGAGAUUACAAGUUCAGGAAAGGUUGACUAAACAGAUUGCUGUGGCCAUCACCGAGGCCUUGAAGCCUGCUGGAGUCGGUGUUGUUGUCGAAGCCACUCACAUGUGCAUGGUGAUGAGAGGGGUACAGAAGAUGAACAGCAAGACGGUGACCAGCACCAUGCUGGGGGUGUUCCGCGAGGACCCCAAAACACGGGACGAGUUCCUCACCCUCAUCAGGAGCUGAAGGGUCCCCCUGGGGUCCCCUGCCUCUCUGUGCUCAACGUCCUGCCUAACCCCUCUCCCUGAGAAACACAUCACCGGUUCUGCUCAUUGUAACCCACCAGUCACCGUAUUUGCCAAUGCCCAUGCUUCUCUUUUUCCUGGUUUAAAGUGUAAAGCCUCCUGGAAUAAAUGUACCAGACCGUGUUCAUCAGUAAGGUUGUUGAAAUUGUAAUACGUGAGAAAAAUCUGGAGAAAAAAAAAUUAGUGGGCAGAAAUAUGGGUAAAAUGGUUGUACCUGGACAGCCUUCGUUUUAACUCUAAAGCGCACUUUUAAAAGUUAAUGAAUUGUGUACAUCUUGAAUCUUCACGUUCCACGUACAAAGACCUCAUUUUAUAUGUAGCUUUUUUCAGAAGAUGACAGUUAAUAGAAAUAAUUAGUGCCAAUUCAAACGCCAUUUAAUUUAAUUGAGUUAUGAGUUACUUCAUAAUGAGAAUUACUUGUUCUUGGAAUUUUUAAGCAGGAAAAUACAAGGUGAUUACCUAAACAAAUAUAAAUAUGAAUUGCCUAUCUAUUAGUUAAAUAUAGGCAAAGAUAUUAUAGUUUUAGCUUUCUAAUGUCCCCAUUCAUUUAACAAAAUGUACUGUCCCUUAUGCGCCCCCCAGCGAGCCCCCCAAGAUUUAUUGCAAGUGUUCUGCAGAUAUUUGUCCAACAAAUCAUUUGCUCUAUGUUUGCCAUUGACCCAAACUGUACUAAGCAUAUACUAUCUAGAAAAGCCCAGUGACAAGAUUUUAUUAUUGAAAUGUCCUUUCACACAAGGAUACAUCCUCUCAUCUAUACUCAGUGAGCAUGUUUUUAGGUAUUUAUUACACAUAUUUUUUAACUUACUGGUCUUCUGCUGCUGUAGCCUAUCCACUUAAGAGGUUUGACACGUUGUGUGAUCAGAAAUGUAACCACUGUUGUAAUGUGUGGUUAUUUGCGUUACUGUCACCUUCCUGUCAGCUUUGACCAGUCUGGCCCUUCUCCUCUGACCUCUCUCAUUAACAACACAUUCUUGCCCGCAGAACUGCUACUAAUUGGAUGUUUUUUGUUUUUCGCAUCAUUCUCUGCAACCUCUAGGGAGUGUAAAAAUUCCAGGAGAUCAGCACUUUCUGAGAUAUUCAAACCACCCUAUCUGGCACCAGCAAUCAUUCCACAGUCAAAGACAUUUAGAUCACAGUUCUUUGUUCUUUGCCAUUCUGGCAUUUGGUCAAAAAAACAGCUGAUCAUGUCUGCAUGCUUUUUUGUUGCCACAUGAUUGGUUGAUUAAAUAUUUACAUUAACAAGUUGGUGUACAGGUGUACCUAAUAAAGUGCUCACUGAGUGUAUUUGCCAUUUCCAAACUUAAAGAGAUUUCAACAGCAUAGUCCUUGAGUUAUAGGCUUUUUGGUUGAAGUGUGUAAGGUUUCAUACAAAUUAGGUUUCAAGUGUUUAUACAUAAUGAAUCACUUACAGAUCAUAUUAUGUGUCCUAUUCACAAAACAAGAUGGCUUCCGGAAAGGGAAACAAUUGCUGUAAAACAAUUGCUGUUGCUAUAUGCUAUAACUGUGUAGUGUUUGUGGGGAAAAAAAGGACCAAAGUAGUUUUGUUGUUAGGAAACAGUUGUAAAACAUUUAUACUAUUAAUAAUUUUGCUGUAUAACUAUGUAAUUAUGAAGAAAUAUAAACAUAUGGUACAUUUGUACCAAUAUGGCUGAAUUUCAAUAAUUCAGCAUUGUUGCUUUGUGACAAUUUACAAGUAAAACAAUGUGAACAUACAGAAAUGAAAAUAUGUUACUUUUCCACGCCAGCAUAUUGGCGUUGGUUGCCGGUGGAGUGGAAAUAAAUGUUCUCAAGGGCAGGUGUUCGCAACGCCGUGUCCUUUCUGAAGAGAAAUGUGAUGACUGAUGUGACGAGUGAUCUUCAGUUGCUGUAUUUCCCCCUUAAAGGUGUACGUAUUUCCGCCUACCAAGGGGACAGUCUUGACAGAGCAAUGAUACUUUUGCCGUUUAAUAGUUUGUGGGCGUCUGUGUGUAAGUCUGUAAAUUGAGUGUUUCGGGGGGGUGCUCAGGGACCGAGCCCUGUAUAUUUUAGAUUUAACUCUGCCUUAAAUAGUCUGAUUCCAAUCCAGACGAUGAAGAUGAUUCUAUCGUUUACCUAGGAACGUUCAUUUCAAAUAGGUUACAGAUUUUAAAGAAAUAAAUGAAAAGUCAGUGACCUUAACUGACAGACAGAGGGCCUUCUGCUGUAAUUUAUACUGAGGAUGGGAAGACAGGACUGAUAGCCUGAGAGGUCUUGUUAUGUUGCCUUUUUUAAAAGAGGGGACCCCCCCCCCCCCCUCACUGUUCCUCACUCUUAUUCCCCAGGAAUUGACUUUAUGGUAUAUAUUAUUAGAGUAUUAUUAUUUUAAGAAGAAAAGACAAGAAUAAAAUUGUAUGUGUGCA